AUGCUGCCAACCAAAGACAACGACACUGAGACAUACGAAUCUCCCAUCGAUCAAUCUGCGGAAGAAGUUGCCAAGGACAAGUCAGCUUUUCAGAGGCUGAAAACAUUUCAUGGCCGGUAUCUAAGUAGAGAAACAUAUCAAGGCUCGUUAAUUUUCAAUCUUUGCGCCUUCCUCCUCCCAGCAUUAUACAGCACGCUCAGCAAGCUAUGGAUCGCAAACAUCGACCCAACCCAAGUGGUCACCACCGAUGUCUACACCUACAUCGGCACCGUGGCAAAUGUCCUCAACGAUGGCCUUCCAAGAGCCGCUUGGCUCGUCAUCGGAGACAAAGCCACCAGGACCAUGUCCUCUCGACUCGGCCUAUCAUACACCCUCAUUCUCUUCCAGACCGUGCUAGGAGCCAUCAUGACCAUAGUAUUCAUCGCGGCUUCCAAUCAGCUUGCCGCCGCCUUCGUCCCAGCGCAAGUCAGAGAGGCAUCCAUAACAUACGUUCGCAUCUCUUCGGUCUCGGCACUGUCUUCUGCCAUGCAAGUCGCUGUAUCGGACUGUACACGGGCUUUGGAUAAUCCGGAUGUACCAUUGUUGAUCAGCUCGACGAGUUUCGUCAUCAACAUCAUGCUCGACCUGCUGAUCAUCUCCAAGUUCCAUGUGGGAUCAUGGACGCCAACGAUCAUUGAUCAAGCCCUCAUCAGGCUCGCUUGUGACAUGAGCUCCGCCCUUCUUGGGCUUGUGUAUUUUAUCUACAUUGCGACAAAGAUGCACCGAAAGUCCAGUGAAGACUCCGAUGAAACGAUAAGGCCCGGUAUCAGAGCCUUCAAAGUCCUCGCCCGUCCAUCAGUCUACACUUUCACGGAGUCCGCAAUCCGAAACUCGCUGUACUUGUGGCUCGUCAGCAGGAUCAUUUCGCUCGGCGAGAGCUAUGGCACUGCGUGGGGUGUGUUCAACACGAUCCGCUGGGGGCUGGUCAUGGUGCCAGUCCAAGCUUUGGAAGCAUCCACGCUAGCAUUCGUUGGCCACAAUUGGGGCCAAUGGCGAGCACGCGUGGGAGUUGGUUUGCGAAAGCCCAAAGCCUCCAGACGGGACCUUUUGGACAUCAUGCACCCAGCAUUCAUCUCUUGCGUCAUUGCCCUCGUCGUCGAAGUCCCGGUCUGUAUCUGCCUUUCACUAUGGGGCAUGGAAUCCUUCGCGUACUAUCUCUCCGACUCCACCGAAGUCGCAGUGAUAACCAAGAAAAUGUGGAAGAACAUAGACUGGUGCUACAUCUUCUACGCGGUCCAGUACCAACUCGCCGCCAUCCUCCUCGCCACCAGUCCCCGCUGGUACCUCUACCAAGCCCUCGGGUCCAACUUCCUCUGGAUCCUCCCCUGGGCCAUCGUCGUCACCAAGGUCCGGCUGUCGGAAGAGCGCGCGUGGACGUUCUACGCGAUCAUCUUCGGCGGGGCGCUGGUGUUCGAUCUCUUCGACGUGGGUAUCACGCUCGGGGUUUGGGCCUGGCGGUUAGCGAAGGGGAAGGUCUCGCUGGGGAGGGUCCACAGUACGCUCUAG